GCCAGCGGCUGGAGGUGCUGGAGGCCGGCCGGGUCCGCGGCUCGCGCCGGGGAAGGUCGGCGGCGCAACGCGGCUGCCGCGGGGAGGGCGCACGGGGACGCGACGGGGCCGGGCGCGGCGGAGACGCAGCGGGCGGGGGCGGCGGCGGCGGCGCCGGCCAGUGGCUGAGUCUCUUCCCGCCGCGGCCGCAGCUAGCGGCGCCCGAGCUCCAAGGCGCAUCCCGGGCUCGCGGCCCGAGCGGCCAAGACGGCGGGCCGGCCGGGCGCGGGGCGGCGCGCGCUGUGCUGCGGGCUGCGCUGGUGGGGAGCCGCGGGCCGCGGCGGGGGUCCGGGGCCCGGCGUGUGCGGCUGGGAGGCGCUGUGGGGUGUGGGAACGCGGGCGGCGGCCGGGGCUAUGGCCGAGGGCGGCGGGGGCGCGCGGAGGAGGGCUCCGGCGCUGCUGGAGGCAGCCCGCGCGCGUUACGAGAGCCUGCACAUCUCAGACGACGUGUUCGGCGAGUCGGGCCCGGACAGCGGCGGGAACCCCUUCUACAGCACCUCCGCAGCCUCGCACUCCUCCUCGGCCGCCUCCUCGGACGAUGAGCGCGAGCGCCCCGCUCCUCCGGGGACCGCCCCGCCACCCCAAGCAGCAGAUCCAUUGGAGCUGGAGGAGGAUGAGGCCGGUGGAGGCUGGAGCGCCGCGCUGCGGGAUCGCCCGCCCCCGCGCUUCGAGGACACCGGUGGUCCAAUCAGAAAGAUGCCUCCCAGCGCUAGUGCAGUGGACUUCUUUCAGCUUUUUGUUCCAGACAACGUGCUCAAGAACAUGGUAGUACAGACCAACAUGUAUGCCAGGAAGUUCCAGGAACGCUUUGGCAGUGAUGGUGCCUGGGUGGAGGUGACACUGGCCGAGAUGAAGGCCUUCCUGGGCUAUGUGAUAUCUACCAGCGUCUCGCACUGUGAGUCGGUACUCAGCAUUUGGAGUGGAGGCUUCUACAGCAACCGGAGCCUCGCCCUCGUCAUGAGCCAGGCCCGCUUCGAGAAGAUCCUCAAGUACUUCCACGUGGUGGCCUUCCGUUCCAGCCAGACCACGCAUGGGCUCUACAAGGUCCAGCCCUUCCUGGACUCGCUGCAGAGCAGCUUCGAUGCUGCCUUCAGGCCGUCUCAGACCCAGGUGCUACACGAACCCCUGAUUGAUGAGGACCCCGUGUUCAUCGCCACGUGCACAGAGCGUGAGCUGCGCAAGAGGAAAAAGCGGAAAUUCAGCCUGUGGGUCCGCCAGUGCUCUUCGACUGGCUUCAUCAUCCAGAUCUAUGUCCACCUGAAGGAAGGCGGUGGCCCAGAUGGCCUGGACGCUCUGAAGAACAAGCCACAGCUCCACAGCAUGGUGGCCCGGAGCCUGUGCCGGAAUGCAGCUGGGAAGAAUUAUAUCAUCUUCACGGGGCCUAGCAUCACCAGCCUCACCCUGUUUGAAGAAUUUGAGAAGCAAGGGAUCUACUGCUGUGGCCUGCUGAGCUCUAGGAAAAGCGACUGCACCGGCCUCCCUCCCUCCAUGUUGACCAACCCUGCCACCCCACUGGCCCGGGGCCAGCACCAGAUCAGGACCAAGGGGAACAUGUCUCUGAUCUGCUGGUACAACAAGGGGCACUUCCGCUUCCUGACCAAUGCCUACUCCCCUGUGCAGCAAGGUGUCAUCAUCAAGAGGAGGAGUGGGGAGAUCCCCUGCCCGCUGGCUGUGGAGGCCUUUGCUGCUCACCUCAGCUACAUCUGCAGAUAUGAUGAUAAGUACAGCAAGUAUUUCAUCUCUCACAAGCCAAACAAGACGUGGCAGCAGGUGUUCUGGUUUGCUGUCAGCAUUGCUGUCAACAACGCCUACAUCCUGUACAAGAUGUCAGAUGCCUACCAUGUGAAGAGGUACAGCCGGGCACAGUUUGGAGAGAGACUUGUCAGGGAGUUACUGGGCCUGGAGGAUGCAUCACCAGCCCACUGAGACUGUGCUGGCCCAGGGGUGGCAGGGACAAAGAAGGAGCCUGUCACCUGCCUGCCUAUUGGAGGGCCCAUGUGUGGCCCGAGGGUCUGCUUUCAGCACACCCCUCAAGAGGGGGGCUCCCCAGAGCCUAAAACAGGUGACUGGAGGGGCUGUGACCUUGGAAGGUACCAGCAAUAGGACCAGUGGACCAUGCUCUGCUUCCCAGAGUUUGAGAGAUUAUGACGGGCUCAAGUUCAGACCGGGCAAGCUUGCAAAAUGGACCACUCCGUGCCACCACUCAGCACCUAGGGACAUGUGUGUUCAGCUUAGAUGGCUCCCUUGAAAGAAGAAAUGCAAUGUGGUGCCAUUAAACCUCAGAGUCGAUGAGAGGAACAGUUGCAGCUUGCUGACUUACAAACAGGGUGUUCCUGCGACAUCCUCCACGGGGCUAGUGGAGGGCAGGGCCUAGAGGGAACUGCCAGGUUCACAGGGAAGAGUGAUGCUGUUUUUUUAUUUUUCAAUAUAUCUUCAGGUUAUUUUCCUACUGUUGCUUAAGGUCUACUGUAAACAAGAUGUGUCCCCCUCCUCUUCCACCCCACACUCCCUGCAUGAUCACAGUUCUGUGUCUGGCCUGUGAUGGGGGAGGAAGGGCCAGAUGUGGCUGCACCCGCCAGGGCCUGGGGAGCCUGCAGGCUGCGUGCUCUGUCAUCACUUGUUUUGAGAAAUAUGUAGCAUUGUGAAAACAAAAUCCUCCACCAUCCUUUCUCCGUGUGUGGUGGUCCCCCAGAAAGGUACAGCUGGAUUGGGAGGCCCUGGCUAGGGAACCACCUGGUGACUGGGGUUGGAGAUGUCCCACAGCAGGGACAGGCAGCAGCUGGUAGGAAGGCAUGGGGCACCCAUAGACCCAGGCCCUUCCUGCCAGAGGUUGACAUGUCUCCAUGGAUCCUCAGCCUCAAGGUGGCCCCGCUGUCCCCACAGCUGGGAAACAAGUGAUUUCUGCACCUUGCAGCCCCCUCAUCUGAUCUCCACAACCACCUAAUUUCUUCCGAGACACAGUGUCCUCAGCGGGGGCUUUGGGACACUCUUCCUCAUCCAUCCGGUGAGCUGAGGUGUGGCUGGCAGUGAGCCCCCCACUCCUUGUCACCUCUGUGUCACCCUCACUUGUGGUGGGACCUGCGAUGCCACGGAUCGUGGGCCCCAUUUCAGAUCAUGUUUGAGAUAACCUUUGCUGUACCCUUAAUUGGAUUGAAAGCACUUUUACCACAUGGAGAAAUAUAUUUUUAAUUUGUGAUGCUUUUCUACAAGGUUCACUUUUUCUGAGUUCAGGUGUUUCCAACACUUAGGGAGACUAAUGAAGGCCAAUGACUUUUUCUUUUCUGUCCAAACAAGAAAAAUAAAAAUAAAAGUCUAUUUAGAUGUUGGCUGUUAGUACGUGGCUUUGUUUCAAAGGUCAGGGUUAGAAAGCUACUCCUUCGACCUCGCUUUCCCACUGUGUGGCCAGGGACGUGUUAGCUGAACUGUUCUUGGAACUUUGAACCACCGAACAGUUUAUAAAAGGAAAUCAGUUAGAAUUUGAUGUGUGAAUAUAUAUAUCUGAAUGAAUGAAGUAGUUCUGAGUGUAGUUGUCCACACCCCUCCCCCUCCACCAUUAUUUUUAGUUUUGGUUACCUGAGGUCAACUGUGAUCCAAAAAUACUAAAUGGAAAAUUCCAGAAAUAAACGAUCCAUAAGUUGUAAACUUUUAUUAUA